ACAGCCACCUUUGCAUAGUUUCUGGUCCUCCGUCCUCGCACAUACACAAUGUCGACGUCGACGACGACGACGUCCCACAUCGCAAUGUCCGCCAUCGUCGACACGAUCGUCAUCAAAAUCCUCCACGCCCACAGCUUCACACGCACGUCCUCCCAGGCCCUCUCCGUCCUUUCCAACCUACUCACCCGCUACCUCGUCCUCAUCGUAUCCGCGUGUGGACAGUACGCGGAACUAGCAGGCCGAUCUCGUCUAUCCGCGUCCGACGUCGUCGCAUGCCUAAAUGAGCUAGGGACAGACGUCGACGAGCUGAGCGGGUAUUGUAGCACCGAGGGCAUCGAUCUGUCGCGGUAUGCUGCCAGCAGUGCCAAGAGACUCGACGACCUCGCAGAAUUCAAAAGUUAUCUUCUGGAGGGAAUUCCUCCUCCACAAGAAUAUCCACCUCUUUCCCCGCGACCUUCUCGUCCGCCAUCACGUUCAAGCAGCGUAGCCCAUGGCGACGUUGACGACGUUGACGACAAUAUCGACAACGAGCCUAUUGUGGUCCCCCUAAGGAUUCCAUCCCCCGAAGAAUCUGGAUAUGGUCUCAGCUUCUUACCGCCCCUCCCUGGCGCGACUCAACCACGCUCACCUUCCCCAACACCCGCUCCGGCUCCAGAGCCCAUCAAGAUAGAAAGACCCCCCUCGCCUCUACCUCAACACAUAGCUUCCACCACCGGAGCAGACUACGCUACACAAGUUCCCUAUGCGGAUUCCGUUCUUGCCUCCGCACCCCCAUGGCACUUACCCAAUCGACCACCACCGCCCUCAAAGCCGCAGGCAACAGCACGCUUUCCAACUCCCUCUCCUCAACAAGCCCUCCUGUCCGCAUACCACCACAUCCUAACUCACCCAGUGCACCAACCCCCACCUCCCAACCCCGCCAAACAUAAAGUCGCCAUGGCUCUCCUGUCCCAGAUCCAAUCCAACCCCCGCUGGGACGCGCCAACCACGCUAUACGGCAACAUCGUUCCGUGCCCUCCACGCGUUACAACCAUCAGUCCAUCCUAUCCUAUUGCUUUGUCCACCCUCGAAGACAUCCGUGCCGGCAAGGACGUCGACGAGAAAAAAGCGAUGCUCCCUCCUGCUCCGGCUAGACCGGUAUUCUCAAGUGAUAGACCGGUGUACCUUGCCUCCCAGCAAGCUUCACGUCUCCCCGAGCUCGCUCGCCAAGUCCUACCUGGAACCGUUCAAGCACGUACCACCCGCCUGACCCAUCCCCCUGUUCUACAACGCGGUUCACAAAAACUUAUAUAUGGUCCAGGCAUCAGCGCACCUUGGAAUUCGUCUUUAGCCAGUGGUGGGGGACCCGCCGGCCAGCAGCAACAGCAGCAGCCAUCUAAACAGUCAUCCAAAGGUGGCGAAGACAACACGUCGGCAAAUGGCAAGGAGACACCAGCAUUUUCACUACCAGACGCGCAGAUGUUCGCGACUUGGGAUUACGAGGUGAAACGUUACCAGGAUCCUUUGAGCAGAAGAGGCAGAGUUGUUGGUGUCUCCCAACCACAGAAACGGACGUCCGGUAUGACGUCGGGAUAGCAUCACCCAAAAAUGUUGGCGCGUAUCCUCAUACCAUUUUUUCGUACGGCAUUGAUGUUGGCAUUUCUCAAGCUCCUCCUAAGUGUAUAUAUAUGUACCGCAUGUAAUAGUUGCAAAGCUUAGACUUCAUAUUCAACGUUCUA